CUUGAAUACUCUCAACACUAUCAUACACAAUUUCUUCAGUAGGUAUAUUACAUUUUCCAGGGAAGAGUAAGUCCCCAUUAUGAAGUGCUUUUUAAAAUAUCCCAAAUAUUGUGAUUUUCCAAUUGAAAAUCUUCCAUAUGGCGUAUUUACCACUCCCCAAAAACCUACUCCAAGAAUUGGGGUGGCAAUAGCUGACCUCAUUUUAGAUCUACAUGAGAUUGCUCACUUGUUUACCGGUCCAGAACUAAGGAAUCAUCAGAUUGUUUUUAUGGAACAUACUUUAAACAGCUUGAUGGCACUAAGUCCACAGGCAUGGAAAGAAGCUAGGGAAACAAUACAAAGCCUUCUCUCUGAAGAUAAUACUAUUUUACAGAAUGAUGUGGAUUUGCGAAAAAGAGCAUUUGUUUCACAGUCUGAGGCGACUAUGCACCUACCUGCCAGAAUUGGAGACUACACCGAUUUCUAUUCCUCGAUUCAUCAUGCCACUAAUGUAGGAAUUAUGUUUAGAAGCCGAGAAAAUGCUUUAAUGCCCAAUUGGAAACAUCUACCAGUUGGUUACCAUGGUAGAGCUAGUUCUGUGGUAAUUUCUGGUACUUCAAUCCAUAGGCCUUAUGGUCAAACGCUUGUUAUGGAUGGCACAGAUCCCGUUUUUGGUCCUUGCAAAUUAAUGGACUUCGAAUUAGAAAUGGCCUUUUUUGUUGGCGGUUCUAACAAAUUGGGUGAACCUAUAAAAAUGGAAAACGCCGAAGAUCGUAUAUUUGGUUUCGUGAUUAUGAACGACUGGAGUGCGAGAGAUAUCCAAAAAUGGGAAUAUGUUCCCCUUGGGCCUUUCUUAGCUAAAAACUUGGGCACUUCAAUUUCACCAUGGGUCGUGACAACGUUGGCUUUGGAACCUUUUAAGACUGAUAAUUUUCCUCAAGAUCCAAAACCGUUACCAUACCUUAGACAUACUGACAAAUUUAAUUUUGAUAUAAAUCUUCAAGUGGACUUAACUCCAAAAGGUGGAAAUGUAUCAACUACCGUGUGUCGUUCCAAUUAUAAAUAUUUAUAUUGGACUCCUAAACAGCAACUUGUCCAUCACACUAUAACUGGUUGCAACCUCAAUCCCGGAGAUUUAAUGGGUAGUGGAACAAUCAGCGGAGAGACAUCAGAUUCAUUUGGUUCGAUGCUUGAACUUAGUUGGAAAGGUACAAAACCUGUUAGUCUACUAGACGGAUCUCAAAGAAAAUUCUUACAGGAUGGGGACACAGUUACUAUAAAAGCAGUUUGUGAAGGACAUAACUUCAAUAUUGGUUUUGGCACAUGUGUCGGGACACUAUUACCUGCAAAAGAUCUGACCUGGUAAAAUGUUGAAUUGUAUAUUGUGUUAUUAAUAAUAAUAUUGGUUCUAUAAUAAAUCAGUUCUAAGACUA